AUGGAUGAGCGACCCUAUUCAUGUCCAAAGUGUGGAAAAUGUUUCAUUCGCAAAGGACACCUUGUUAUACACCAGAGAAUUCACACAGGUGAACGUCCUUAUUCAUGUUUAGAGUGCGGGAAAUCAUUCAUUCAAAAAGGAGACCUUGUUCUACACCAGAGAAUUCACACAGGUGAACGUCCUUAUUCAUGUUUAGAGUGCGGGAAAUCAUUCAUUCAAAAAGGAGACCUUGUUCUACACCAGAGAAUUCACACAGGUGUGCAACCUUAUUUAUGUUUAGUGUGCGGGAAAUCAUUCUCUCAUAAAGGAGCCCUUGUUAAACACCAGAGAAUUCACACUGGUGAGCGUCCUUAUUCAUGUUCAGAGUGCGGGAAAUCAUUCACUGAAAAAGGAGAACUUGUUACACACCAGAGAAUUCACACUGGUGAGCAUCCUUAUUCAUGUUCAGAGUGCGGGAAAUAUUUCACUCGGAAAGCAACCCUUGUUAUACACCAGAGAAUUCAUACUGGUGAGCAUCCUUAUUCAUGUUCAGAGUGCGGUAAAUCAUUCACUGAGAAAACAUACCUUGUUAUACAUCAGAGAAUUCACACUGAUGAGCGUCCUCAUUCGUGUUCAGAGUGCGGGAAAUAUUUCACUAAGAAAGGAGACCUUGUUAUACACCAGAGAAUUCACACUGGUGAGUGUCCUUAUUCAUGUUCAGAGUGCGGGAAAUGUUUCACUCGGAAAGCAACCCUUGUUAUGCACCAGAGAAUUCACACUGGUGAGCGUCCUUAUUCAUGUUCAGAGUGCGGGAAAUCGUUCUCUCAUAAAGGAGCCCUUGUUAAACACCAGAGAAUUCACACUGGUGAGCGUCCUUAUUCAUGUUCAGAGUGCGGGAAAUCAUUCACUGAGAAAAGAUACCUUGUUAUACACCAGAUAAUUCACACUGAUGAGCGUCCUCAAUCAUGUUCAGAGUGCGGGAAAUCAUUCACUGAGAAAAGAUACCUUGUUAUACACCAGAGAAUUCACACUGGUGAGCGUCCUUAUUCAUGUUCAGAGUGCGGGAAAUCUUUCACUCGGAAACAAACCCUUGUUAACCACCAUAAAAUUCACACAGGUGAGCGUCCUUAUUCAUGUUCAGAGUGCGGGAAAUCUUUCACUGAGAAAAAACACCUUGUUAGACACCAUAAAAUUCACACAGGUGAGCGUUCUUAUUCAUGUUCAGAGUGCGGGAAAUCUUUCACUGAGAAAGGAGUCCUUGUUAAACACCAGAGAAUUCACACUGGUGAGCGUCCUUAUUCAUGUUCAGAGUGCGGGAAAUCAUUCACUCAGAAAAAAUACCUUGUUAUACACCAGAGAAUUCACACGGGUGAGCGUCCUUAUUCAUGUUCAGAGUGCGGGAAAUCUUUCACUCAGAAAAGAUACCUUGUUAUACACCAGAGAAUUCACACACAUGAGCGUUCUUAUUCAUGUUGA